UUUCUCCCAUUGUGUGGCCCCGCCCCCUGACGACCCCUCCUUGUUCGUCUGUAUCGGAGUGUAGCUAGCAGCAGGCUAGCUCAUUUGAUUAAAUGCAGCCGGGCUAGACAGCCACACAUCAACUGCAUUACUUACAAGAUGCCCCGUGUUUUAACUUUUUAACCAUCGCUUUUAAGCCUGAGGAUACUGUUAUGGUUUCGGAGAAUGGAAACGGACGACGUGUCGGUUAGAGAGCAACUUUUCCACAACCGUGUCCGGGAGACCAUAAUCUGUGUACUCCUGUUUACAUGCCUUUACAUGGUGUCCUACCUCAUACUUACCCAUUUCAAGAAGACUGCUGAGUUUGUCACAGAUGAUAUUGAAGAUGCCACCGUCAACAAAAUUGCGCUGUGGCUGUGUACGUUCACCCUGUCUGUUGCAGUGUGUGCCGUGCUCCUUCUCCCCAUCUCCAUUCUGUCCAAUGAGGUGCUGCUCACCUUCCCCCAGAGCUACUACAUGCAGUGGCUCAAUGGAUCUCUUAUCCACGGAUUGUGGAACCUAGUUUUCCUUUUCUCCAAUUUGUCCCUGGUCUUCCUCAUGCCCUUUGCCUACUUCUUCACGGAGUCUGAGGGAUUUGCGGGGUCCAGAAAGGGGGUUAUGGCACGAGUGUAUGAAGCAGUUGUGCUGCUGUUGCUGCUGGCUCUGCUUGUGCUGGGCAUUGUGUGGGUGGCAUCAGCCCUCCUCCACGACAACAUAGCCAGGAAGAGCCUCUAUGACCUAUGGGAGUAUUACCUUCCCUACCUGUAUUCGGGCAUCUCGCUGUUUGGAGUGUUGCUGCUUUUGUUGUGCACUCCCUUUGGGUUGUCUCGAAUGUUCAGUGUAACUGGCAGCCUAUUGGUCAAACCGCGGCUGUUGGAAGACGUCGAAGAUAUUCUGAGCUGCACCACAUUUGAGGAAGACUCGCUCUCCAGGAAACUGAACUGUGGCAGUACAGCAUCAUGCUGGGUCAAGCUGAACAUGGAGGGGAUGAAAAAAGAGUACCAAACAGUCCUGAGCAAGCGCAUUGCCCUUGAAAUGCGUAGGAAAGCGUCCCCAUGGCAGCGAAAUUUGGGCUAUCCACUGGCCAUGCUUGUGCUCCUCGCACUGACGGUGAUGUGUGUACUGAUGGUCUGUUUCAAUGUGUUGGAGUUGCUCCUAGAUGAGACUGCUAUGCCCAGAGGAAUGGAGGACCCUCAUCUGGGGAUGGCCUCCUUCUCCAUGUUUGGCUCACUGGGCGCUGCAGUUCAAGUAGUCCUCAUCCUCUAUCUGAUGGUAUCCUCAGUGGUGGGCUUCUAUAGUUCUCCUCUCUUCACUGGCCUCCUGCCUCGUGCACAGGACACCAACCUCACACAGAUAAUUGCUAACUGUGUUUCAUUGCUUAUCCUGAGCUCAGCACUGCCAGUCUUUUCACGCACAAUUGGGAUCACCCGCUUCGAUCUACUGGGAGACUUUGGUCGGUAUAACUGGCUUGGGAACUUCUACAUUGUAUUCCUGUACAACAUGCUGUUUGCUGGUCUCACCUCUGCCUCCCUGAUCAAGACGGUCACCUGGGCAGUACAGAGAGAGCUUAUCCGUGCCUUUGGUCUCCACAGACUGCCUUUAACUGUGUCACGCUCCACCGUCCCCUUCAGACUCCUCCUGGCCAGUGGACUGUCUAAAAUCCAGUGACUUUUCCUCCUCAUCACUGCCUUUCCUAACCUUUAAAAACUGAGCCACUUCAAAUGUGCACCUUGGAUUAAAGGCAUUUGCAAUUCAGCCCCUUUGCCCAUUGGUACACGGGUCAGGUUGCCCCGUGGGAAAAGACUCGAGAAGGUGACGGGUCUGUCUGCACCGUGCCUCAUGAAAAGAGGAUCG